CGCCGCGCCAGCCGUUGCGACACCACCGCGGCUGCAGAGGCCCUCCGACGCGGCCAAGCCCAGGGAAGGGGGCCGGGCUGGCAUUACCAUCUCCAUUACACCUGCGCCGCCCGAAGAAUACUCCCGGAGGGACAGCAGAGCGAGCUGACAUCUAGCCAUGGCCAAAGACUUAAAGAACCUGGUUGGCGCGGGAAGAGCCCGGGAGCUGCAGGAGAAGCUGGAGAGCUGGCAGCAGAACUAUGAGGGGAAUUCUGCCGAUGAAAAUCUGAGCCGAUGCUGUGAAAUAUUAGAACUGAACAGUGCAAUUCAAAAGCAGCUCUUCUCAAUUCUCAAUGAAACAUCUCAAGGAGAUGAAUGUGCAGCAAAAAUAAAAAGCUGUCUCCUGCCAAGUGUGUGCUAUGCUUCAGGAAGUGACAACCUUACUCAGGAUUCAACUGAAGGUGAACUACAGCUGAGAGAUUUGGCCUGCAAACCGAAAUGUGAAUUUCAAGACCUGGAGGACAAACUAAGUGAAACCCGUGCGCAGAUCAACCUGAUGGAACGAGAUCUGAAGUGUUCCCGUGCUGAACCAUGCAGCUUAAAGAGAUUACAGCAACUGGAUGAGUACGAGCAGAAGAUUGAGAACUUGCGGGAUGAGAUUGCUAUGCUGGAUUGCAGAAAGUCUGUCAUCCAGAGCAGGCUUGCUUGUGGUAGGACCUGCUCUCCACCGUGCCGUCUGACGGCCUGCUCCUCUACCAUGCCGUCCGAGGGCCUGCUCUCCUCUACCGUGCCGUCCGAGGGCCUGCUCUCCUCCCUGUCGUCUGAGGGCCUGCUCUCCUCCACUGUGCCCUUUGAGGGCCUGCUCUCCUCCACUGUGCGGUGUCAGGCCCUGUGUCAGGCCCUGUGUCAGGCCCUGUGUCAGGCCCUGUGUCAGGCCCUGUGUCUCUCCUCCACCAUGCCGUGUGAGACCCUGUGUCAGGCCCUGUGUCAGGCCCUGUGUCCGUCCUUCCAAGUGCCGUGCCCUUUGCGUGAGGCCCUGUUCACCUCCCCGGCUCAGGCGGGGCAGUGCUCACACCGUGCCUGCCUCAUAGCUCGCUAUAACUUCAUUUAUGCUAAAGAGCGCUUGGAGGCAGAGGCCGCUUUGAGGCGAUACUUCUGUGACUUGGAGACAGUGCAGAGGAUAGUAUACACUGCAGCUGUGGAAUCUUUCCGUGCAGCAAAGGUGGCCUUCUGGAAGGUCAAAAUAAAUGUAAAAGACACUUUGGCUAUAUGUCACAGAGGGGGACCUUCGUCACUUGAAAUUGGUGUCCUGGAUUAUAUAGCUUGCCACAAGGAUCUGUAUGACGUUUGUUACAGUGUCCAUGAUGUAGUUUGCUCCAUGAACAAGAACCCAAGGCUUCCAUGUCCAGGAGAAGUUGAUUUCGUUGUCAUCAGCGGUUUAAUUCGAGAGUUGUGCUGUUUGGCUUUUGCAAUGCAGACACUCAUUCCUCCUCUUGAUAUUUCCUUUGGUAUUGAUGGAGAAUGCUUCAAUAGGAACAUGUACUAUCGUAGCUUUGACUCAGAUUUCACAGCUCCCUUUGUGGCCUAUCACGUCUGGCCUGCUCUGAUAGAAGAUGGUACUGUAAUUGUGAAGGGAGAGGUAGUCACUAAAAAAAUGGUUAUGUGUCCUCGCAGAUGCAGAAUUAGGAGCAGAAGCUGCAGCUGUGGCCGUCCUCUGCUGUGUGGUCCAGUGGCUCGAAGCCGCAGUCUUUCAACAGUGAGGGUCAAAAGACGCUGCUAACUGAACAUCUUCCUGCAGUGCAAUACAACUGGAUUCAACGACUUUGCUGGUGACAUUUCUCUUCAGAAAUGCCUCAAAUCUCUCAAUGAAUGGAAAUUGUCACUCCAA